UCUGAUUGGAAUAUUUGACAAUUCAUAAAAAAUCAUCAUUAUUUGCCAUGAACUUACACCACGCACCCUCUAUACCCUAUAACGACCAAAUACAACGAAUCAAUGACUGGAUAAUUAACUUACCACAUUCCAUGGCUGAACUCACUUCACCAUGCGAUCCUCACUGCAAAAAAUAGCAGCUCCCACACUACGAGGACUGCAUACCCUCACAUCCGCCCCAAGACCUCAACGAUGUUUUCACCAAACCACCUUCGCCUCUCUCCCACGAAAGCGCACCUUCUUUACCUCUAACCAAUUGCUAUCAUACGCCGACAAGAAGAACGACGGGUCACAAUCCACAGAAAAUGGUACCGACCAAGCAGAAGGACAGCCGAAAAAGAAUGCAUCGGCUACCUCCAAGCGCAAGCCCAUCCGAGCUUCAGCAGCUAAGACCUUACGCUUAGGGCUUACGACUAAACCUCCCCCGAGAGCUGGUACAACAAGAAGAGAUGGUGCUGGUGUAGAGACGGAUUAUCGCCGAACGAUCACUUCAAUAUGUGUGGCUCAAUCCUUCGAUAUGGAAGCUGUGCAAGAAAUACUGCGUUUCCACGCUUUUGAGCUUGACCCUGAUGGGACCGAAUUUGAUGCUACAGGUGUCGUACAUGCUCGGGGUAUAAAUAAUGGCGAUAUCUUCGUGUUCCCCUCUGGGACCGUGGUAGCUUGGUCCGUGCCCACAGACGCACUCAUGACCUUAGCUACCAAGCAAUUGAUCCGAGCCGCUGAGCUCCCUCACGUCACUCGCGUUGAGAUGGAAGAGCUCGAGUUCGAACCGGAUGAGUCCCGCGAUACCAGCUAUAUGAAGGGGGAGGUGGUAAUAUUAGGGACGCGCGCCCAAGAAUUAGAGAACGAUAGGUUGGAUACCACUCUUGCCAAAAUCGCCUUCUCAAGUGGCUUAGCCAGAAGUCCCAAGCUAGCAGUAUUGGAAAAUCAGGCUAUCGAUUAUUUUGAGAGCUCCAAGAAUAGUUUGGAUUUCUUAGAAGGAGGUCAGGAGCAUAAGCUGAAGCGCAGCGCUGUCCUCAAGAUGACAGGCCAGCUCUUGAGUCUGAGAUCACAAUUAAAUCACUACUCCGAUAUAACGGAUCAGCUCCCCGAUAUGUUCUGGGAUUCAGAGUCCAAUCUCGAGAACUAUUACAAUCAGAUCAGCACAGUGUUAGAUAUAAGACAACGGGUUGGAAUACUCAACAGGAAGAUCGACUACGGGUUUGAGAAUGUCAGCGUGUUGAGAGAGAUGGUCAGUGAGAAGUAUGGUCACCGAUUAGAGUGGAUCAUCAUAUUCCUCAUCACAAUCGAAGUGAUGUUUGAAUUGAGAAGGGUGUAUCACGAAAGCAUAAGUGAAGCAAAGGAGGCCUAAGGUCGAAGAUCUUGCAAUUCUCUUCUCAACGCUUAAGUUAUAUAAGUAUAUAAGAAAUCCACUCAAUAUUCUACCCUUGAGUCCUUACACACUCGCUUUAUAUUGCCCUGUCCCAUAUUUAUUGAAGUUUUCAGGUGCUCCGCUUAUGUCACUCCUAGCCGAUCAUCGUACGACUCGUCGUCGCCACCAUGUUGCCGCCUCCAUACCCACGCUGCCUCGCCGUCUUUAGGAAACAGAACCUCGCCGCCGAUGCUAGUGAACUCCUUCACAUCUCCGCAUUUUAUUCCAUUCAUUGAACAUUACGCGCUUAACCAUUAUGACUUGUAUUUAUUAAA